AUGUUCGGCGCAGUCUUUUCGGCCAGCUAUUCGGACAAAUUCGAGAUGCACCAGCUGCAGGAAGCCACGCGCGAAAGGCCCACUGCGCACUGGCGGCGGGGAUACCAGCAGGGCAGCGCCACGGCGGGCAUGUGCUAUUAUCUCGAAUACGACGGGCCGAUACCAGGCUCGCCGCCGACACCGGGCACCAGCGCACAGGGCAGCUCGUGCAGCUCGCGCUCGAGCCCAGCGCCGCGCCAUGACGACCUCCAGCCAGAGCGGCGCGAGCACAUCGAACGAGUUCCCGCACAGCCAACCACGGCUGGUUCCCACGCCCUGAGUGGCUACGUCCGCAGACUUCGCGUAGCUCUGCCCCACUUUUCUUCCCUCCUGCCAUCACGACGCACUCGGACUGCGACUCGGACUGCAAUGGCCGUCAGAACACACCUCUUGGUAUCUCUUUGGUUCGCGCUUACCAUCCCGGUGAUAUUCUGGGACGCAACGUACUUAUUCCUCAGGCCGCGGUCUAUGGUGGGGGGCGACCUGCACCAUUUUUGGAAGCCGUAUGCGCUGUACCAGGAGGUGGACUACAUCUAUGGUGUCAAGGCGUACGAGGAAGGCGACGGUUUCCCCAACGCACAAUCGUUGCUCAACAUUGUCGAGAACCUCAUGAACAUCGCCUAUCUCUACCUCGCGCACGUCAAGGGCUCCUCCAUUGCGCCUCUUGUCGGAUUCGCUAGUGCUGUCAUGACGCUGUCAAAAACGAUUCUCUACUGGCUCCAGGAAUACUACUGUAAUGGGUGCUCGGUCGGCCACAAUUCGUUGCAGGAUCUGAUCGUGCUUUGGGUCAUCCCUAACGGGCUGUGGCUUCUUGUCCCCAGCAUCAUCAUCUGGCGUCUUGGCAAAGACAUCUCCGGUGCUCUUCGCCUGGCAGAUAGGGCCGCCAAGAAAGAACUUUCCGGCAAAAAGCAAUGA